GGUGAAUUCAUGAUACCUAAUUAUUGUCACCUUCAAGCUUCAGUCUGGGUGCCCCGAGACCCUUGAUACGAUGUCGGCGACUCCACGGCUAAUAUAUCUCUAAAUUUCGAAGGUCUGAUUAUAUGUACAGUAAUAAGGUCCCUGACAGAGUUCGAACCUUGGCAAAAUACCACGUUGUCUCUGGGGCGUUGCGAGGGAUCCCUAUUUACUUAUCCAUGCUUCUGAUCCAAUUUAAGGCAGGUCUGCAAUGAGUCAAACUCACAUUCGUAUUCUUUAUCAUUAAAAGCGGUAUGUCAUGCCGAUAAGGACGCGAACUCAGCGUGUGGAACGUCGUUCUCCGUGAUACCAAGCAGGGUCAGAGGUUCGUCUCUUAUGGUCAUAAAGCUGCUCGGAGUCCUGCUUUUCAUGUCAAGCGAGGUACACCCAAAUGUUGCGUUGCGAAACGUCGAGUGCACCUGCUCGCGUGGCGUCAUCGCCGGAGAGUGGUGGAGUUGGUCUCCUCUUGGGCACAUAAAAGGUGCCUGUCGUAUCUCCCUUUGCGGCACUCCCAACAUCGGGACAACGAUGGCGCUGCAUAAUAUCUUACUGGAAAAGAGAAUGAUGACUGAGUCACGGUGUGCCGCCGCUUCAAUUCUGUGUAUGACGGCAGGAGCAGGAACCACGAUAAACGAAUAUGGGCGGUUUCAGCUACCACAGCUUCCUAAUGCUCCGUAAAUCUCCUAUACUGUGUCCCUGCCCGUAGUUUGGUCUGCGCUGACUCCGGUUGUUUGCAUUCGUAGAUCGCAUAAUCGACGCCAUUUGCCCCUGCCGCAAUGCUACGGAGGUCGGUGCCCUCUGGGCGGAGGGAAAUAGUUUGCAGGACCGUGGCGCAGAUUCGUAGAUAUAUACGGCGGUGUAUACCUUGCUGUAGCGCCAUGUCAGCGCUUCGGUCAGGUAAUAGAAUAGAUAAUGGAUGAUCGGGGUGGCCCUGCAGACGUAAUGCAGGUGCUUCGCAGAACAUACAAGUAGCUCAGAUAAAGCUGACGUCUUGAAAAUUGUUUUAAAUCCAGCCUUUGAGGCGGGCCCAUGCGAGAGUGGUGAGAGCUGCUGCCUGGUCAGGAUGGCCAACUGGACACAGGUCCGGGUAAGAAACCCUUGUCGAUUUGUGUGUCACAGAGUCGUGCAUGACCUGCAUCUGUGUCUUGAGCAAUCUCGCGAUCAACGAUGCAAUCAAACAAUACACCGUCUUGAUUGUCACAAGCAAUCACAUGAAUGGGAAAUAGGUUACUCACUGAAGGUUCAUCUCCGUGAUUGAGUAGUUCAUAUUGUAAUUUCUUUUAGUUUCCAGAUGACUUCCCCAUUGCCUAGCAUUCGACCGAGCUCGAAGGAUGCCCACAUGACAAGUGAUUUACAAACAGAAGAUGAGUCGUCGAAUCGUAUUCGAAAGUCUGCAUGGGACAGUCACGUUCUCGCCCACGUUACAGAUUCAUCUGAUGAUAUGGAUCUGUGCUCGGAAGGGACUUGGUAUUUUUUGCCACUGAUGUGACUGUAAGUAAAGCGAGAUCAAACAGGGCUACGUGGUGGACAGAAUGAGUGUCGGUUCAGGUGAGAGUGUGCACGUUUAUUUUCAUGUGGAUGGGUGUUCUGCAUGAUAGACUGUUGCAUUUGCCCUGAGGCUAAAAGAUUGCCAUGAGCAUUGGCCAUGACCCUUGUCCGGGUACAACGUUUUCGCUAUCGGAUCAUGGACCAACCUCGUCCUCUGUUAAGUCCAUG